CUAGAUGAAUGGAAAAAUGUGCACCCUGGCCGCCAGCAUUGAAAACAGUGGUAAUAUGGGAUGCACACACAUGCUGACACUCAAACCAUACAUGGAAAAUACAUGAAGUAAAAUCCUAAUUUGAGCAAAAACUACAAAAGUGAUAUUCUAAUUUAAAAAUUUCAAAUUUCAAUUUCAAAUAAUCUGCCAACUGGCAGAGUGUGCUCAGUACUGUAAGUACCGACUGACGGUGAAAACACCCUCUCUGGGGCCCAAAAACUCCAGGGCCCUCAAACUUUAGAUUUACUAUGCAUCGUCUGGUUUUUGCCAAUUUAAUUCAAACUGAUGCUGAUAAGGAAAAUGCCCGCCCUGCACUAAAACUCUUUAUAUAUUUUUGUUUAAAUGUAUUUUUUUUUUUUUUACAAAAUAUAUAUGAAGGCUGAAGCAGAAAGAUUGUAUUAAUUUUUAUAUGGAUUUUUUUAUAUUCAGUCACAAAGUUGUCAAAGCAUACUGAAAAAAAUACUGGAAUCCCUCCAUCACAUAUAGUAGAAUAUGAAACCACUGAAGGUUACUGAAAACCUGCCAAAUCGCUGUCAAAAUAGUACUGAGAAAGCGACAGAAGUGACCCCGACAAAGACACAGACUCCCUGUGCGUGGGGCAGAGCGCCUUAAGCGUGGCUCUUAUUUUGAAAUGUAAGCGGAUAUGGUGUGUUUGAUUCCGUCCCUCUUCACACCGGUCCGAGCAGCAGGCUGCCAGUACGGUCCUGUCGUCUCCACUUUGCUCGCACCAUCCAGGCGGGGAGCAAUGUGAGAGUGCUGCUCUAUCCCGGACCCCCCCCGCGUCUCGGUCUCCUCCAUCCGCUCAGGAUGGAUCUGAGGAGAGCUGAACCGGAGCGCAACACCGGCAGCAACCCUGUUUCGCUUUACGGGGAAUUCACGCUCACCGGUAAUAGAAAAGUGAGGUAUGCCGUGAGCCUGACCGAGAGGGACCUCACCGUCCAGAGGCUCACUCCAACACCUGUCGGGCGGAACAAAGUGGUGCUCAGCCUGAAGGACUGCGUCGGCUGCCGGGCUUACCGGGAGAAUGACAACGCGGACCCGGCAGCGUACUUGUCAGCCUACUUCUACCCGCUCAGACGGCGCUGGAUGAGUUCCGGGGUGUCGCGGCAGAGAGUGGAGCACUGCUUUCGGCUCGCGGCGCUGCAGGACCCGCGCGCUAACCUGGAGGAGGCGGAGAAGUGGGCUCGCGCUGUCCGAGAGCGCGCUGCCCGGCAACAGUACCUUAGAAACGGGGUGUCGAUGACUGAAUUGUCUCGUCCGUGCCGGAUGAUGCUGCUGGUAAACCCACAGAGUGGGAAAGGACAGGCGCUCACACUCUACAACAACCACAUCCAGCGUAUGCUCAAUGAGGCGGGAGUCCCACACACUCUGGUCAUCACUGAGCGGCAGAACCACGCUCGAGAGCUUGUGAAGGAGGCCGACCUGUCACAGUGGGACGCUUUAGUCAUCAUGUCUGGGGAUGGGCUUCUGUUUGAGGUGAUUAAUGGUCUGUUGGAUCGACCAGACUGGGAGGAGGCCAUCCGGACCCCUCUGGGUAUCCUUCCUGGUGGAUCAGGCAACGCCUUGGCAGCAUCCGUACAUCACUAUUCUGGGGCCUCGCCGGCGUUCAGUGAGGAGCUCCUGGUCAGCUGCGGUUUCCUGCUCUGUAAAGGACUCGUGUCCCGUAUGGAUCUGGUCUCCAUCCAUCUCCCCUCCAGCCCUCGUCUCUUCUCCUUCCUCUCACUGGCCUGGGGCUUCGUAGCGGACGUCGACAUAGAAAGCGAGAAGUACCGUCAUGUCGGAGCUGCCCGUUUCACUGUCGGCACCCUGGUGAGGCUGGCUUCUCUCCGCGUCUACAAGGGCAAGCUGGCUUACCUUCCCGCCACUGAGGACUACAACAAGGACGAGGGGUUGAGAAAUAACGUGACGCUGCACUGCAACAAUCAGGCCUCUUCUAUAGGUCCGGCCUCUGUGCUGUGUCAACCGUCCAGAGACUCUCCCUGCGAGAACACCUACCACAAUUCCUGCCACUCCAACAACUCCCUCAAAGUUAGGAGGAACGAGAGCACGCCGUCCCGGAGCGCCAACAAAUCCCUCUCCGGCCCGCCUGACUCCCUGCUGCUGCCCCUGGACCAGCCGCCGCCUGCCGACUGGGUGGUGGUGCAGGAGGAAGACUUUGUCCUCAUGCUGGCCAUGUACCAGUCCCACCUGGCGGAGGACCUGUUCGCAGCCCCAGGCGCCAUCCCAGACGACGGCGUCAUCCAUCUUUUUUACGUUAGAGCGGGAAUAUCACGCACUGCGCUGCUGAAGCUGUUCCUAGCUAUGGAAAAGGGCGCACAUCUGGCUACUAACUGUCAACAUCUGGUGUACACUAAGGUGCGGGCCCUCAGGCUGGAGCCGUAUUCACCCAAAGGGAUAAUAACUGUAGACGGAGAAGUGGUGGAGUAUGGGCCACUGCAGGCGGAGGUACACAGAGGCCUGACCAGAUUAAUCACCGGAUGAACUGAAGCAACAUCAACACCAGCUGUCAUCUCUGCUCUUAAAGAUCCCAAAACACAUUUUAGCUUUUUAAAUCAGAGGAGCAAAGUGAUUAAGGAUUAAGGACUCAUUCACUGUUAUCUGCACUGUUAGCCUCUCAACGGUACAUAUACAAACCGAUUCCAGUAGGGAACAAGGUGAUGUAGACUGGAAUAAUACAACAAACAAGUUCUAUGUAUUGAGGCCCAAAGUGUCCAACAUUAAAUACCUUUAAAAUUUACAUUUAAAAUGAACAGAUACAGCUGACCAAAGUGCUGUCAAAAGCCAAAAUCACAUCAUGGAGUGGCUUCAUUUAUGUGACUCCGGGGUCGCUCUCACUACUUUAAGCAGACAGUCAGUCAUCCUCUCUGUUUGUCUCGUUGUGAAGACAAAGAAGUUUAUAAUAAUGAUGAUGAUGAUGCAUUUUAUCGAUAUAGCGCUUUUCAAAAACAAGUUUAUAAAGUGCUUCACAGACUGUUCAGUUACAGACUUAAAUGCAGAGGGAAAUAAAAGACAAGACAUGAAAAAA